AUGCUCGUCCCCGCCCUCCUCGCCCUGUCCCUCGCCCUGCCCCUGGUCUCGGCAGAGCAUCUCAGCGACUCCCUACAGAGCAGGGUGUACGAUGUCAUGAACCAAAUCUCCACCCACUCAUGGGAGAACGGCACGAAAGCCCAAGCUAUCCUCGAAGCCACCUACCCCGCCUACUCGGUCUUCUCCAGCUCCGCCCCCCUGCCCCUCCCUGCCGACUUUUCGGACGACGACAUUCCCGAGCUCGUCGAUAUCGCCAGGAUCACCAUGCAACAGCGCCCCGAGACCAACCAUUCCGCUUCCGCCCGGGGCGGCAGUACGUUGUUGUCAGACGACGCGGCCGGCGAUCCGGCGAGUUUGGGAAUCACCAUCUUGCUGGCGAAUGCUAGUACUUUGGAUGCACAGGUGAAUGGGGUGGGGUAUAGUGAAGCAGCGGAAGCAGAGCUCAACUAUCUCCUCUACGACGUCCCCCGCACCUCCUCCGGCGCCAUCUCCCACCGCGCCGACCAACCCCAACUCUGGGCCGACAGCGCCUACAUGGUCCCCCCCUUCCUCGCCUACUACGCCUCCCUCCACUCCAACCUCACCCUCCUCAGAACAGCGUACGACCAAAUCUCCCUCUACCGCGAUGCCCUCCAGCAAGAUAACAUGCUUUGGAACCAUAUUGAGGGGGGGUCGGGGACGACUGAUGCGAUGGACUGGGCGACGGGGAAUGCGUGGGCUAUGGCGGGGAUGUUGAGGGUUUGGGCGACGUUUUAUUGGUCGGGGUUUAGGGAUCAGUUGGAGAGUCAGAUGAGCGAUCUCGAAGACUGGAUUGAUGAGAUUUUCGUCGCGACGACGCCUUAUAUCACGAGCAACGGUAUCCUCAGAAACUACAUUACCGACAACUCCAGUUUCGAAGACACUUCCGCCUCAGCCCUCUACGCCGCCGUCGGCCUCCGCCUCUCCACCCUCAACAUCUCCUCAACCCACCUAAACACCUCCCUAACCCUCCUCUCCUCCGCAUCCUCAUACGUAAACUCAUCAGGCUUCCUCACCCAAACCGUCAACCCCCUCGACUUUUCGCACCAAGCCACGGAUUCAGGAUCGCCCGAGGGGCAGGCGUUUGUGGUGAUGGCGUAUGCGGCGCAUAAGGAUUGGGAUGCUCUGGGCCGGGAGGGGAGAGGGGGGGAUGAUGGGUUGGGGGAGACGAGUGGGGCUUUGGGGUUGAUGCGCUUUGGGCUUGGGGGUGGGAGCGUGGGGUGGGGGAUGGUGGGGUUGGCGGUGGCGGUGGGAUGUAUCCUGUAG